AUGGCCCGAAUCGCAACUUUCCUUACCGCCAUCGCCGCACUCUCAGGCGCCGUCUCCGCUGUGAUCUGCACCUCGAGCGAGACCUACUGCGGCGCUCGCCUCCUCAAAGUCGAUUCGAGUAACCGAAAGGCAGUCAAGGCCGCACUCGCCGUCGGCAAACAAUCGACGGACGACGCCCACGUCAAUCAGUCCGUCUUCUGGUGCGUCCCGACCGGCGUUCCGGCCGGCGACGCCGGUCUGCUGUUCGUCACGUUCUGCGGCCCGACCAACGUCUGCCAGGAGGGCGGAGCGCUCGGCGGUGUCGGCGAUGCUUGUGCGCCGAUGUCUGGGACGACCGCCUUGCCGAGGUUUCGAUAG